AUGACAACUGCACAGCCGAGAGGCGUCCAACCCGCCAGGCGAAUCAGCCUGAGGAGAAAGACAGGUAGCUUCAAGAUACGGCGGAUGGGCGACAUCGUGGUGUGCGAAGUGUGCGGACAAGGCCACCAGCCGGGCCAGAACCAUCUCUACGACUACCCUGACAACAUAGACGAGGACCUCCUGUGUCAGGUGUGCCGCCAGCCCCUGGUUGACCCGGUGGAUACCCCAUGCGCCCACACCUUCUGCGGAGUUUGUCUCCGCUCUCACAUGCGCAUGCAGAAGACGUGUCCUUCGGACGGGGUCCAGUUGCACCGAGACACCGACGUACGGCGCUCCUCGACGCUUGUGAGAAACAUUCUGGACAAGUUAACCGUGGUGUGCCCAAACAACGCCUACUGCGACCAGUUCAUGCCGCGGCACGCGCUCGAGAGUCACCUCCGCUACCACUGCCACGGUACCUACGUCUCCUGCCCGCGGGAUGAGAGCGAGUGCCAGUUCGUCGGUCCUCGGAGUCAGCUGGAGGAGCACCUCUGGACCUGCAGCCAUGGCACCGACGUAGACCCGAAGACUGGCACAAAGCUACCAAUAGAAGAAGGAAAACUGACGACCAUCGAGAUACCAAAGGGGAAGAGGGAACUAGGACUUAGCUACUGUUGGUGCGAAGAUGUGGGUGGUGGGCUUCUAAUAGAGGAUAUAUUUACAGAGGGAAACGCAUUCUUGGACGGUCGACUCAGCGAAGGUGACAUCAUAGUCCAGAUCGACCGGCAGGACCUGUCUCACAUGACUCUGGCCCAGGCCACUCUGGCUCUCGGCACGUCCUCUCCUCUCAUUAAACUGGGAGUGUACAGACCCUCCGUUGAAGACACUGAAACUGAUCUAGUGGAAUUGGAGAAGAUAGAAGGAAAACCACUUGGGCAUCCAAAUAAGGACAUCAAGGUGACCAGCUCACCAGUCAAAAUUAUGUCUAGACCAGGUAUCUACGUCCACUACCUGGUGCCCGGGUCCAGAGCAGAGGAGAACGGUGGAAUCAGACCAGGAGACAGAAUUCUUGAGGUGAACGGGAAGGACCUGCGAGACUCGACUGUCGACGACGCAGCUGCCUUCAUGAUGGAAACGACUGGAACUCUAAAGUUCUUCAUCUCUCGUCAGGACCUGGCCUCCAUCCACUCCUCAGCCAGCUCAGAGAGCUCAUCCAGCUGUGGCUAUCACCCCUCCCCAACCGGCAUCUCCCCCUCCACAGGGGGACCCAUCUACGAUGAAAUUGUGGCCCCCAGCGGCUACCAGAUUGGAACCCACAAGAGCGUCUCUCUCAAGAAGAAAUCAGAGGAGCCAUUUGGUAUGAACGUAGCCGGGGGUGCAGGGGGUACGGUGGGCGAUCUCCCUAUCUUCAUCUCUGCCAUCAAACAAGACAGCGUCGUUGGACGCAGUGGGAAAAUACAGAGAGGAGACAUUUUGCUGUCCAUCAACGACCGGACUCUGGUGGGGAAGACACACGGGGAGGCCAUCGAGAGUGUGAGGGGGUUAAUCGGGUGUAAGGUGGUGAGGAUGGAGUUAAUCCAGGGGGAGGACACGGACAUCAACGGAGGUCUCUCUCCCGACUGGGGCAAGUGGCUGAGAAAGUGGGAGAUGUCCAGGAGAAGUCCAAUGGAGUUCUCGGUGACUCUCAAGAAGGUCGGCCAGAAGAGUCUGGGGUUCAGUGUAGUUGGGGGCCGAAAUUCCACGAGGGGCCACUCCCCCCUGUUCAUCCGGAGCAUUGCUCCCAACAGUCUGGCCUCGGAGGACGGGAGGUUACACUCUGGAGACAGAAUCACUCAGAUCAAUGGCACAGAGGUGUUCAACAUGUCACAGGCAGAGGCAGUUCAACUGAUCAAGUCGUCCGGAGACACCGUUACACUCUGUGUCAUACCUCGAGACCGCCGAUAGUCCUCUCCUCGAGUCCUCCUCCUCUCUCCCUCUCACUCUCUCGCCCUCCGUUCCAAAACUGAUUCCCCUCUCAAGACAUUUUCUCUCUUUCAAUACCCUGACACUCACCUUAUCCCCCCUCUCUCCUCACAAUUGAAUUCACCAUGUUCUUUCAGUCAACGAUUUGCUCCAGUUCUCAUUUUCCUAAAUCUCACAAACUCCCACUUUUCCUACCACUCGUGAUCAUGUGAGUCUCACCUGACUCCACUUCACACACCCUCUGCCAAUAAUGAUAUCACAGGCCUGGCCGUGCCACCACUGUUUAUAAAACUGGCUCUUCUGCUCAUUUAGCUCAUCAACUGAUCAUCAACCAUCAUUUGUCAUCUCAACAUUCCUCAAUGUCAGCCUUUCAACUGUGCCAUGUUUUGCCCUUGUACUAUGUUUCCCCCCCGUUUUUCUCCUUUUUUUACUUUUAUGCAUUUGCAUUACAAUCACAAGGUAAAACAAUGUUAUUGAAAGAAAGUUAUUAACUUGACAACAAGAAAGAGGGA